AUGUUGUUUGGCCUAGGGAGAUUGUUCUACGUUAUUUUAUUGCUAAUUAAUGCAGUUGCAGUUCUAAACGAAGAAAGAUUUCUAAGAAGAAUCGGUUUGGGAAAAAGCUCAAAUGAUGGCCCUGUAUUUGGUCAGACUGAAAACACUACAAAAUCUAAGGUCAUUCAAUUAAUUAGUGCGGUUCAAACACUACUAAGGAUACCUUUAAUUGGUAUCAAUAUUUUGGUCAUUAUUUAUGAAUUAGUCCUAGGCUAA